AGGAGAAAAUGGAAGCAUAUUUUUUAAUUCUCUUUAGUAUAUAUUUUGCAACAGUAUCUGGUUAUCCAUCAGGAAAAAUAAGUGCUUCCUGUGAUACAAUGCUUCCAGUACAUGGGAACAGUGCCACCCAGACAGCACCAUCACCCUACUUCAUCACCGUAUCCACAAAUACAUUCAGCACUGGAGAUAUUAUAACUGUAACGUUACAGUCCAGUGCAGGAUCUAGUUUCAAAGGAUUCCUUCUCGAGGCGCGAACUGUAGGAGGAGACAGAACUACUGGAUCUUUCACCAUCAGAGAUGGGAACACUCAGGCUCUUCCAUGCAGUGCAGGAGCAAGUUCAGCAGUCAGCCACACAAGUAGUACUAUAAAGACAUCUAUUACCACUUCUUGGACUGCUCCUGCUGGAACAGGGCCCACAUACUUCAGGGCAACUGUUCUGAUGAGUUACAGUGUAUUUUGGAGCCGAGUGGAGAGUGAACCUGUUAUGGCAUUACAGAUUUCUAAUACCACAUGUGGUACACAGAAGAUCUGCUUUAGCAACCCACCAAACUGCAGCCCAGACAACAGCAGCUGUCUCUUCAUGUCUUCUGUCCCAGCCAAUAAUGGAUUUGUCUUUGAAAUGAGCGGCUCAACCCCAGGAUAUCUAGCCAUUGCAUUUUCUGAUGAUCAGCUGAUGGGAAACGAUGAUAUUUACAUCUGUACCAGAAAUUCAAGUGGAAACAUCCUGGUCCAACAAGCCUUUUCUACUGGACAUGUCACUCCCCAAGCUAGAAACAUAAGUACCACAGGCUCUAUAGUUGCAUCUUACAUAGGUGGAGUGUUAAAAUGCUCCUUCAUUAGCCAGAUGAGCAUCUCCACCCAGGCUCGAGCCAGUACAGCCCCCAGCUACUACAUUUUCCUUGGAACAGGCCCAUCCCAAGGAAGUGGUCAGAUACUCAUGCACACAACCAAGCCACUAAUAUCAGCCAGUAGAAUUGAUCUCUCCAGUUUUGCUGCUAGUGCAAGUGUACAGAGUGGAACACCUCCUGUUACUCUUGGCCACGGUGCACUGAUGCUUAUUGCCUGGAUGACUACAGGGACUAUUGGAAUGCUUAUAGCUCGUUAUAUGAAACAUGCAGCUAAUAAGACAGUCAUUGGAAAAGGUCUUUGGUUUUUGCUUCAUGUUUUCCUAAUGGUCCUGACCAUAAUUCUGACAGUCACUGCAUUUAUCAUGGUUUUUGUUGAAGUCUCUGGCUGGAGUGGUGAUAUUGGGGCCCAUCCUAUUCUUGGCUGCAUUGUAAUGAUUCUCACAUUUCUUCAACCAUUUGGAGCUUUGUUUCGUCCAGACCCCAAUCAUAAAAGGCGUUUCAUCUUCAACUGGGUACAUGGUCUGAAUGCACUGGUGAUCAAGGUAUUAGCGGUGGCUACCAUAUUCCUUGGCCUGCAGCUGGUGGACAUUUCCUCUUCUCAAUGGAUGUCAAAAGUGAUGGGUGGGUUUUACGGAUGGGAGAUUUUAUUUUACAUCAUUCUUGAAAUCAAUGCACGUAUGAGAACUAAAGAAUCCUAUGAGAACCCAGAAAAUAAGGUUCAGCGUGAGUCAGUUAUACUGGUGAUUUUCAUCUGCGGAAAUUUGGCAUUGCUAAUAUCUUUGCUGGUCGGCAUUGGACAAUCAGUCUAGCUGCCCUCUAUGUCACAGUACAGGCUCUUUGCCAGAAAAUGACCUUUGCAAAACAGCAAACGAGUAUCUGUGCUCCUUGUUUCUUAAUUCCUGCUUUGCAAGCAGUGUGCCAUACAGGUUUCCACUGCAUGAGAUGCGCUUCCAAGGACACUUCUGUGACCGUGCGAAUGAUUGUACAGCAGAAACCACGCUUCUUUAACUGUAUGCUGUAAGCAUAAUAUUGUAAUUUACAGAUUGUUUUUUAAUUAUGUUUUUUUAC